UUGUCUUUCUUUCCUCCUCUCAUUCAUCUAAUAUACCGUCUUUCUUUCCCUCUCUCUUUUAUCUUAUAUAUUGUCUUUCUUUCCUCCUCUCAUUCAUCUAAUAUACCGUCUUUCUUUCCCUCUCUCUUUUAUCUUAUAUAUUGUCUUUCUUUCCUCCUCUCAUUCAUCUUAUAUACCGUCUUUUUUCUCUCUCCCUUAUAUCUUAUGUAUUGUCUUUCAUUCCGUCUCUUUAAUAUCUUGUCUAUCGUCUUUCUUACCUUCUCUCUUUCAUCUUAUAUACCGUCUUUCUUACCUUCUCUCUUUCAUCUUGUAUAUCGUCUUUAUUACCUUCUCUCUUUCAUCUUGUAUAUCGUCUUUAUUACCUUCUCUCUUUCAUCUUAUAUAUCGUCUUUCUUACCUUCUCUCUUUCAUCUUGUAUAUCGUCUUUCUUACCUUCUCUCUUUCAUCUUGUAUAUCGUCUUUCUUACCUUCUCUCUUUCAUCUUGUAUAUCGUCUUUCUUACCUUCUCUCUUUCAUCUUAUAUAUCGUCUUUCUUACCUUCUCUCUUUCAUCUUAUAUUCUUCGUCUUUUCAUUACCUUCUCUCUUUCAUCUUGUAUAUCGUCUUUCUUACCUUCUCUCUUUCAUCUUGUAUAUCGUCUUUCUUACCUUCUCUCUUUUCAUCUUAUAUAUCGUCUUUUCUUACCUUUCUCUUUCAUCUUAUAUAUCGUCUUUUCUUACCUUCUCUCUUUCAUCUUGUAUAUCGUCUUUCUUACCUUCUCUCUUUCAUCUUGUAUAUCGUCUUUCUUACCUUCUCUCUUUCAUCUUGUAUAUCGUCUUUUCUUACCUUCUCUCUUUCAUCUUAUAUAUCGUCUUUCUUACCCUUCUCUUUCAUCUUAUAUAUCGUCUUUUCUUACCUUUUCUCUCUUUCAUCUUAUAUAUCGUCUUUCUUACCUUCUCUCUUUCAUCUUAUAUAUCGUCUUUUCUUACCUUCUCUCUUUCAUCUUGUAUAUCGUCUUUCUUACCUUCUCUCUUUCAUCUUGUAUAUCGUCUUUCUUACUUCUUCUCUCUUUCAUCUUGUAUAUCGUCUUUCUUACCUUCUCUCUUUCAUCUUAUAUAUCGUCUUUUCUUACCUUCUCUCUUUCAUCUUGUAUAUCGUCUUUCUUACCUUCUCUCUUUCAUCUUAUAUAUCGUCUUUCUUACCUUCUCUCUUUCAUCUUGUAUAUCGUCUUUCUUACCUUCUCUCUUUCAUCUUGUAUAUCGUCUUUCUUACCUUCUCUCUUUCAUCUUAUAUAUCGUCUUUCUUACCUUCUCUCUUUCAUCUUAUAUAUCGUCUUUCUUACCUUCUCCCUUUCAACUUGUAUAUCGUCUUUCUUACCUUCUCUCUUUCAUCUUGUAUAUCGUCUUUCUUACCUUCUCUCUUUCAUCUUGUAUAUCGUCUUUCUUACCUUCUCUCUUUCAUCUUGUAUAUCGUCUUUCUUACCUUCUCUCUUUCAUCUUGUAUAUCGUCUUUCUUACUUUCUCUCUUUCAUCUUGUAUAUCGUCUAUCUUACCUUCUCUCUUUCAUCUUAUAUAUCGUCUUUCUUACCUUCUCUCUUUCAUCUUGUAUAUCGUCUUUCUUACCUUCUCUCUUUCAUCUUAUAUAUCGUCUUUCUUACCUUCUCUCUUUCAUCUUAUAUAUCGUCUUUCUUACCUUCUCUCUUUCAUCUUAUAUAUCGUCUUUCUUACCUUCUCUCUUUCAUCUUGUAUACCGUCUUUCUUACCUUCUCUCUUUCUUCUUGUAUAUCGUCUUUCUUACCUUCUCUCUUUCAUCUUGUAUACCGUCUUUCUUACCUUCUCUCUUUCUUCUUGUAUAUCGUCUUUCUUACCUUCUCUCUUUCAUCUUGUAUACCGUCUUUCUUACCUUCUCUCUUUCAUCUUGUAUAUCGUCUUUCUUACCUUCUCUCUUUCAUCUUAUAUAUCGUCUUUCUUACCUUCUCUCUUUCAUCUUGUAUACCGUCUUUCUUACCUUCUCUCUUUCAUCUUAUAUAUCGUCUUUCUUACCUUCUCUCUUUCAUCUUAUAUAUCGUCUUUCUUACAUUCUCUCUUUCAUCUUGUAUAUCGUCUUUCUUACCUUCUCUCUUUCAUCUUAUAUAUCGUCUUUCUUACUCUCUCUCUUUCAUCUUAUAUAUCGUCUUUCUUACCUUCUCUCUUUCAUCUUAUAUAUCUUCUUUCUUUUUUCUCUCUCUUUCAUUUCAUAUAUCAUCUUUCUUUCCUGUAUUCUUUCUUUCUCAAGUAUUUUCCUAUUGCCAUUUUAG